AUGCCCACACACACGCCCGAGGCCCGCCUCACCGGGGAGUGGCUCGUGCGCCUGGGCCAGGUCCGCCUGCAGGCCGGCCGGCCGGCCCCCGGGGCCCCGCAGCUGGAGCAGCUGGCCGCCGAGGCCAGGCGCUUCUGCUCCGAGCCCGGAGCCCUGCGGGCAAGCUGCCUGCCCCCGGGGCCGGACUCGCGCCCGGCCGUCGCCCUGCUGUCGGCGGCCGGGGGCGGCUGGCAGCCGGCCGUGCCGGACCUGGCCGCCCCGUGGCGCCUGGGCCGGGCCCUGCUCGGGGGCGGCGUGGCGCCGGAGUACUCGGCAACCGGCCCGGCCGGCGGCUCGGCCUGCGGCCGGCCCACGCCGGAGCUGUAUCCCGGGCAGCCGGUCCCCGGGGGCACGGCCCCCGAGCCCCGGGGCUUCCCCGGGCACAUGCUUGGCCUGCAUUCGGAGCUGGCCAACUCCAUCGGGCAGUCCGCCGAGGGGGCCGCAUGCGGCGCCUGCCGGGCCCCGAUCACCCUGCCCGGGCUGACCCUGGUCCCGGUGGAACUGUGCCAGACCUUCUCGGCGCAUGGGGGCGGCGGCGGCGGCGGCGGCGGCGACGGCGGCGACGGCAGCCAGGCCGACGCCCCGGGCCCCGGGCACCACUGCGGCUGCCCGAGUCUCGAUGUGGACGAUGGGUUCGAGGCGGCCCUGCGCGCCGGCCGGCCCCACAGCACCCUGGGCCUGGUGUCGCUGUGCCGGCGGUAUGUGCGCCUGGCGCCGGGGGCCCUGCUCCCCGGGCGGACGCUGGUCCGCCUGCGGCCGUUGGCCCCGGGCGAGGCGCCGCCGCCGCCGCCGCCCGAUGCCGACCCCGGGGCCGCCGACGAGGCCCUGGACCACUGGGACCUGGUGGCGGCCCGGCCGGCGGAGGCGAUCCUCCCGCCGGCCGACUGGGGCUUUGCCACGGACUCCGGCUCCGAGGAUGACCCCCCGGAGGAGGAUGUCCUGCUUGACCCGGCGGCCCAUGGCCGGCAGGAGCCCGGGCAUGACGCCUGGCCGGCCGGGGACCCUGCCCCGGGGGAGGAUGCCCAGGCCCCCUGGCAGCCGGGGCUCUUUUGUCGGGCAUGCGGCGAGUGCCUCGGCCGGGCGGCCCCCCGGGCCCUGGCGCACUUUGGCCCGGAAGCCGCCGACCGCCAGGCGGACCCGGCCCACUGGCCGGAGGUGGCCCCCGGCGGGUGGAGCCUCGCCUUCCUGUCGACGUGCUGGGGCCGGCCGGACUGCGCGUCGGCCGGGCCGGAGCCGGCCGACCACCGGGCUGGCGGGCCCGCGGCAGCGGCCGUGGCGGCCGCCACGCCCGGGCUCCUCCGGCAGCUGGCCGAGUCGGCCGCCCCGGCCCGCUGGCCCGGCCCGGCGGCGCGCGAUGACACCCUGCUGGCAUGGUGCCUGGAUGGGUACCUGCGGGCCGGGGCCCAGCCCGAGGACCACGACCCGGCCGUGGCCCAGCGCCUGGCCUGCUGGCUGAGCGGGGUGCUGUACGAGUCGCGCGCCGGGCCGCCGACCGCCUCGCGCCUGUGCCUCCUGGUGGACUUGCCCCUGGCCUUCCUGGCUGCCGGGGAUGCCGGCCAGCCGGGCGCCCGUCCCCCCUCCCGGGCCCCGGUCCUGGCCAUCCAGGUGAUCCACCACCAGACAAUGCUGCUGGCCGAGGAGGCCGACACCCGGGCCCAGCGUCUGUUCCCCGGUACGCAAUGCGCUCUGGCUCCUUGGGGUUUCGGCCCGCGCUAA